AAGGCAUCGCUGUCUUCCCAGCGACUGCACUCCUUCACUGCUCUCCCCUUGCAAACACAGGUCGCAAGCAGCCGCAAGCAUGGACAUUACCAUCCAGCAUCCCUGGUUCAAGCGUGCUCUGGGACCCCUCAUUCCAAGCCGUUUGUUCGACCAGUUUUUCGGAGAGGGUCUCUUCGAGUACGAUCUCCUGCCUUUGUUCUCUUCCACUAUCAGCCCCUACUACAGGCAGUCCCUCUUCCGCAGCGUGCUGGAGUCGGGCAUUUCAGAGGUGAGGUCUGACCGGGACAAGUUUACAAUCAUGCUGGAUGUAAAACACUUCUCUCCUGAAGACCUGAGUGUGAAGAUUAUCGAUGACUUUGUGGAAAUCCAUGGCAAGCACAGCGAAAGACAGGUAAGUGGAAGUGACGGUGAUGGUGGAGCUACUAGGGAGUCGAGCCGCCGGUACCGCCUGCCUGCCAACGUUGACCAGGCUGCCAUCACCUGCUCCCUGUCCAACGAUGGCAUGCUGACCUUCUCGGGCCCCAAGGUCCCCUCCAACAUGGACGCCGGCCACAGCGAGAGGCCCAUCCCUGUGUCCCGGGAGGAGAAGCCCACCUCUGCACCUUCCUCCUAA